CGCGGGACCCCCAGCAGAGUUUUGCAUCCCAGCUCUGAGGCCACUGUCGCCUCCUCGGCCCCGGGCUGCCGAGGGUUAAAGAGAAAGCCCCACGCCCCCUUUGACGGCGCAGAGCCCACCUCGCCGAAUUUGAAAAGCCGGCCCUGGAGAGGCGUGGGCGCCCCCCGCCCAGACACAUCCAGCUCGGACCCAGGCUCGCUUGUGGCCGGUUCCCUCAGCUUCCCGCCCGGGCCGCGGGUUCGGUCCGGCCGCCAGUGCGCCCCUGGUAGUCCCCGCGCCGGGGACUGCGGGUCCCCGCGGGCGAUCGCUCAAGAUGAAGCUGGCUCUGCUCCUGCCGUGGGCGUGCUGCUGCCUGUGCGGCUCGGCGCUGGCCACCGGCUUCCUCUACCCGUUCCCGGCCGCAGCCCUGCAGCAGCAGCACGGCUACCCCGAGCCGGGCGCCGGCUCUCCUGGAAGCGGCUACGCGAGCCGCCGGCACUGGUGUCAUCACACGGUGACCCGGACGGUGUCCUGCCAGGUGCAGAAUGGCUCGGAGACAGUGGUCCAGCGUGUGUACCAGAGCUGCCGGUGGCCUGGGCCCUGCGCCAACCUCGUGAGUUACAGGGCUCUCAUCAGGCCCACGUACAGGGUGUCCUACCGCACGGUGACGGCGCUGGAGUGGAGGUGCUGCCCUGGCUUUACCGGGAGCAACUGUGAUGAGGAAUGCAUGAACUGUACCCGGCUGAGUGACAUGAGUGAGCGGCUGACCACACUGGAGGCCAAGGUCCUCCUGCUGGAGGCAGCAGAGCAGCCCUCGGGCCCGGACAACGGCCUGCCCGCCCCGCAGAGCACCCCGCCCUGGAGUGAGGACUUCCUCCCGGGCGCCAUCCCCCUGGCUCACCCGGGGCCCCAGAGGAGAAGGCCCACGGGCCCAGCCGGGCCCCCAGGGCAGACUGGGCCACCAGGGCCUGCAGGUCCCCCGGGCUCCAAAGGUGACCGGGGCCAGGCAGGAGAGAAGGGUCCAGUGGGGCCUCCAGGGCUCUUGGGACCGCCCGGGCCCCGUGGGCUUCCUGGAGAGAUGGGGCGCCCCGGUCCCCCAGGACCCCCAGGCCCAGCGGGCAGCCCGGGCCUCUCGCCGAGCAGUCCCCAAGGUGUCCUCUACUCUCUGCAGCCGCCUACGGACAAGGACAAUGGAGACGCCCAGCUGGCACCUGCCGUGGUGGACACUGUGCUGGCGGGCAUCCCAGGGCCCCGAGGUCCCCCCGGCCCCCCGGGUCCCCCCGGACCACACGGCCCCCCGGGACCCCCAGGAGCACCAGGAUCCCAGGGCCUGGCUGGUGGGCAGCCCGUGGAGGGACCGGCUGGCCAACCUGGAGUGAAGGGAGCAGAGGGGGACAAGGCGGCGGCCACAGAGGGCGAGGGGGUGCAGCAGCUGCGGGAGGCGCUGAAGAUCCUGGCCGAGAGGGUCCUCAUCCUGGAGCACAUGAUCGGCAUCCACGAUCCCCAGGCCUCCCCUGAGGGCGGCUCGAGCCAGGACGCGGCCCUGAGAGCCAACCUCAAGAUGAAGCGGGGCGGCCCCCCACCCGACGGCGCCCUCGCUGCCCUGCUGGGUCCCGACCCUGCGCACAAGAGCGCUGACCGGACCAGUGGCAGGAAGUGACGGCCCGGCUCCCCAGGACGAGCCCGGACCUGGGCCAGUGCUGCUGCUGGCUCCUGAAGAUGUCCCACAUGGGCCUGGCCACCAGGCUCGGACACUGUGAGGGACACUGGCUCCCGGGCCCUGGGGCCUUAGUGACAGAUGGUGUCAGGGUGGGGUCUGCAGGGGAUGAGCACGCGCAGCAGAGGCCCCUCACCCCUGUCCUCGUCCCCCGCUGCCUGCUGGAGGGGGCCUGGGGUGACCAGAGCCUGCGGUGACUGAACCCCUGCUGCCUGGGCCUUGGCAUGGGGCUGCCCCAUGUGCCCACCUGAUCCUCAGGAGCCAGCUCUCACCCACUGACCCGGGACGAGGCGCGGAUGAGGCUCUACCCAUGUCCUGGGUCCUGGCUGGCACAGGAUGGAGCCCGGUGUCCUCUGGACUGUGUCUCCUCCCCCGUCGUGAGAAAGGCCAGACAGGAGGGUCAGGCCAGGCCGCUCCUGAGGCAGCCAGGGAGCAGGGGACCAGGCCAGGCCCAGGAGGGACAGGCAGGGCCCACACAGCACUGGAGACACGGCCUGGCCCUUCCUCAGCUUCUCCCUGGGGCUUGGCCGGCUCCUCGGGCAGGCAGGCAGCUGUGCCUGGCCGGAGCUCUGGAACCCAGGGGACCCUGAAUGAACCGACUGUCACAUGGGCCAGGGACCGCGAGGGGGGGCGAUGUGGUCAGGAGUAGGGGUCUGUGGCGGGCAUGGCCCAUGGCCCCACCUCCCUGAGCCCACCCCCCAUCAGGCCCUGGCCACCCUGAGCCAGGAGGAGGGAGCACCGAGGGACUGUCCCCACAGGUGGGUCAGUAGCCCCCGUCCACCCGCCUCCCUGGGCAUCUCCGGGGUCUGCUGCUCCUGUGGGACACCUCGAGUUCGUGUCCCCUUGGCAAACUGGACAGAGGGCAGCCGGGGCACGGUGCUCCCGCCCUCUGGUCUCCUGGCAGGCUCCAGGGCAGAGGCCGGGUCCUGGCAGCCUCCCGCCCAGUCUCCUGUGACCCGCCAGCCCCGGUGCUCCUCUUGCUGGGCCAGGACCUGGGACUCGCCACCAAAGGAAUUGCUGAAUGGAAGGUGCUGGCACCACCCGGGGCAGUGUCCCCACGGCAGGAGUGGCCUUCCCGUCGCUCUCGGUGCUCACGUGAGGCUGAGCCGGGUUCUGCUCGACUCAUGGCCCCUCCCCACGGGGCCACCCCUGUCCUCAUGGAGGGCCGGUCGGGGCCUUGCCAUUGUUCCCCUACCUGACAAUAAAGGUGUCCUCCCA